ACUCUCGACAGUAAAACUUCAAAUAAAAUUCAUUCAAAAAUAGGCCGUCCUUGAAGACGUUUACAAAAAUAUCCUAACAAAUUGUUUCCUUGAGCUCUGUUUUCAAAAUAUACGCGUAGCUUAAUUGAACUGUUUGUGCUGCUAUUAAAAUUUAUGUUUCGGAUCUUGUACGUUUGAACUUCUUAUGCCAAUAGCGGAAUUCGGUGGAGUAGUGAUGUCGAAUAAUUUGAGUAAUGACGAGAAAACGUCUGGUGAUCCGGAGGUUACGACGACGACGCAGGUGCUGGCGGUGGAUGAUGAAGACCUGAGGUCCUGCUGGGUCUGCUUCGCCACGGAAGCGGACGACCGGUUGGCGGCCUGGGUACAGCCCUGCAAGUGUAGCGGCACCACUAAAUGGGUCCACCAAAGCUGCCUCCAAAGAUGGGUGGACGAGAAGCAGCGCGGCAACAUCACUCGCAAGGUCCUGUGUCCACAGUGCAAGGCCCAGUACAUAGUGGUGUUCCCGACCAUGGGAGCCUUCGUAGCCCUUCUGGACACACUGGAGGAGAUCACACACAAAGUCUGCCCGUUCAUAGCCGGGGGUGUGCUGCUGGGGUCUAUCUACUGGAUCGCUAUCACGUAUGGAGCAGUUACUGUUAUGCAGGUGGUAGGUCACCGCGAAGGCCUCGAGAUGAUGGAGUCAGCCGACCCUCUGGUCCUGCUCGUGCUACUGCCCACCAUCCCGGUGACGCUCAUCACGGGCAAGAUGUACAACUGGGAGGACGCCGUGCUGCUGUGUCUGCGCAAGUACUGCGCCAAGCUGCCUGCCUUGGCGUACGUGUUGCCGUUUGGGAAUGUGGACAGCGACCGAAGCCCCGUCGUGUCGGGGUCAACGAACUCGCCAGCUUCCGUCACCUCUGCCAAUGCCCAUCUCUCUCCAACCAGGAUAUUCUGCUCCGCCCUACUCUUGCCAACCAUCUCGACCAUCAUAGGGAAAAUCUUCUUCCGGUCUAUCAACAACAAUUUACAUAGAACCAUCCUCGGUGGCCUCACAUACAUAACCUUCAAAGGAGCCCUCAAAAUCUACCACAAACAAAUGCUGUACAUCAGGCAUUCGAGCAGAAAAAUCUUGGAUUACACCGAAUCUAAUUUGAAGUUGUACAGACAAACGAAAACCGCCUCCACUGCCACAGACACAGUGUCCAGCUAUCGAGACAUCGACUCGGAACAGAUCAUCUAAGUACGUUGUUCGGUGGUGAAACAGGUAAUUUACGUGAUACGAAAGGAAUGGGUUAGCUGGAUGAUUGACAUAGUUUGUACAGUUACAUAAUAGUGAGAAACAAAAAGGGGCCCAAGAUAGUCCCUUGAGGUGCCCCUGCUAGUAACGUAUGGUUCUGUAAGUUUGACAGGUAUGAACUUUCCAUUGCUUACUACUCGUCGAUUAUGCAAUAUAUAGUUAGCAUAUAACCUAUUUUUGACAUUCAAGUAUGACUUUUGACCUGCAAUUUGUGUUGUGCUAAAUUGUUGAUUUCCGAGGUGCUGAAUGUAUUACCAUGACAAUGUUUAUUACGUAAACAUAUCAAUCAGUCUUCAUUAUUAUGAAAGUUAUUUUUUCAUGAACGUAGGUAUCCAGUCCAUGACAGUGCUAUGAAAUCAUCAACAAACGGCAAGCAUUCCUCACUGACUAACGAAUAUACACUCGCUAGCAAUGAAAAAGUUCCAGUGACAUAGCACCAAAUUAUUCCUAAACGGAAAAGGCUAGCUUAAUGAUGCCGUGUCUGCAAUAUUAAAGUAACAGCGCAUCAGAAUGUUAUAACUGAAAACGUAAAUAUUGUGAUAACAUUUUAAUAAAAUGUUUUGCAAAAUUGGGGCUAUUUGAUAGCUUGCGAGUGUACUUAUUAGGUUUAAUAGCUAUGGGGUAGAUGUGAUAAUAGAUAAAGGUGCAAAACUGCCAUAAGCAAUGAUUGGGGUAGGUAGAGUGAUUUUACGUAGGUAUGUGAUUAAGCUUCUGUCAUAUUAUUGCCAGGUGAAAAGAUCAUCGCUGAACAGAGAUCACUAUCAACUCCAAACACUGUUUAUAAGUAUAAGGCCUACUAUAAAUAUUGUAGAAACAUAAAGAAAUGCAAAUGAUAUAGUUAGGUAUAAUAUAACUCGCGCAGAUAAAGAAUGAAUAAGAAAAUGGCGGACGGACUCAUACCAUCUCGCUCUGGUCGCGUAGGUUUGUAAAUAUUCUUUACUACUUCCACGUCGCCAUUAUCCUAUUGUUUUUUUAUCUGUGUGUAUUUUAGUUGAUUUAAAUAUAAUCGACUUUACUUUGGAUAUCUUUGUAUAUGCGCUUUAAAUCUUAGUAACUUUAUUUUUAUACAUAAUUUAUAUUUAAUUUAAAAGUAAAUAAUGUAUUGUAGUGCCCUUUUGUCUGCAUCAUUUUUUAUAAACUUUAGAAGCUUCCAGAAAAUCUACCUAAUAUCAUUGGUCUUCGCUAGCAUUUAACACAUAUUUUUAUUGUUUAUUAAACUACCAUUGUAAAUAUAUGGAUGUGCCCGUAAAAUGGCAAAAGGCUCGCCCCCUAUUACAUUGGGACUAAACAUAACACUGGCGAAAAGUGGGUGCAGCAAUGCACUUCUGCCUACCCCGCAAGGGAGUACAUUAGUACAAGGCGUGAGUGUGUGUAACCUACCAUUGUAAAUAUAUCAUAUAUUUACGGCAGUGGUUGGCUGGUUGGUGAAAUACUAUAAAGCAUAUUAUUAUUUUAAUUCUUGUAACGCAGCCCUUAAUACUCUGAAGAUGUUUAUUUUUAUUAUAUUGAUUAAAUUGAGAGGAGAAAAUGGUUGCGUAUGAAAUGAUUGUAUUUUAUCCUUUUGAGAAGUUAUUUUUACAGCUUAAAAAGAAAAUAACAUUUUCAAUGACAAUGGAUAGUUAUAGUUAGUGCUACUCUAUAUAUUAAUUAUAUAAAAAAACGUCUCUCAAGGAAUUACUAAAUACAACUCUGUUGCCCAUUUCUAUAAUACCCUGUUAAAUAGUAUAAUUUUCUGUAAAUUGUGCUUUAUUAUUUUUAAAAUUUAAAUAGGUAGUUACUUGUUUUUUUUUCUAAUAAAUAUGAUAGUUAUAAAUACUUGUAGAUAUGAAGGGUUUAAAGAAGUGAAGUGUGUGAACUUUAGAUGCGUAUACAUGAGUUUUGUGAUUUAAAAAAUAGUUCUUCAAAUCAUAAAGGCAUAAUUAUGUUUAGAGUGUUACAAAAUAAAUGAGAUCGAUAAGAGUUUCACACAAUUUUGGAUCUACGACUUUCAAAAACAGUUUUCUUAGAUUUGCUGCUAAUCUAAAUUAAAUCUAGAUCCUAUAUUUGUGCCUACUUUAUUUAAUUAAUAUUGUGAUUGGAGUUGUAUCUGAAUAUACAUCUAAUUAUUUUUA